GACUCGAAAGCUCCGCAUAAUAUUAUGAUAAGAGACGGAAGCCUCGGUGUCAAAGUGAAAGUCUGAAUUUGAUCUAAAGUUUUUUCGCUGCUGCUGUUUUGGAGUCUCGUGGUAAACGCUGUGGGGAUUUUACUCCGAUGUGUUAUCGACUAUAUAAAGGAGUUUACCAGAUUUUAUUUAUGGACUUGUUUACGUUAUUUUUGUUUAAAGUCUACACUGUAAGAUGGAGGACAGUAGCACUGUGUUCAAAGUCCUGCUAUUUCUCACGUUUUCUGUUCAUCCUUCAUCAGCAGACACACACUCUCUGCAGUACCUCUAUACUGCCAUCACACCAGCAAUACAUUUCCCAGAAUUCUCUACUGUGGGUCUGAUGGAUGGAGGGCAGUGUGUGUACUACGACAGUAACAUCAGGAAGAUGAUACCAAAGACGGAGUGGAUGCAGAAGUUCUUUACUGAUGAUCCAGAUUACUGGAACAGAGAGACAGAGCGUGUGAAGGAUCGUCAGCACCAAUUCCAAGACACAGUGGCUGCAGUAAGGAAGAGCUUGAAUUCAAAUGAAGGAGUCCACACACUCCAGAGGAUGUACAGCUGUGAGCUCCAUGAUGACGGCACCACUAGAGGAUAUGAUCAGUACAGUUAUGAUGGAGAAGAUUUCAUCAGUCUGAAUCUGAACACUGGAACCUGGACUGCAGCUAAUGAUAAAGCUGUGAUCUUUAUAAAGCAGUGGGAUCCUAAAGCAGGAAAGGCUCAAUACUGGAAGAACUACCUGAAGAGUAACUGUGUUGAUCAGCUACUGAAGUUUGUGUCUUAUGGCAGAGAGACUUUGGAGAGGAAAGAUCCUCCUACAGCAUCAGUGUUCCAGAAACACUCGCCUUCUCCAGAGGUGGUGUGUAACGCUACAGGUUUCUUCCCCAAAGCAGUGAAUAUCACCUGGAGGAAGGACGGAGAGGACGUGAACGAGGACGUGGAGCUCAGAGAGACGUUACCCAACCAGGAUGGAAGCUUCCAGAAGAGAAGCAUUCUGAAAGUCCCAGCUGAGGAGCUGCAGAAACACACCUACACCUGCGUGAUUCAGCACAGCAGCUUGAAGGAGGAGUUAGUGCUGUAUGUGAGCAAACACCUGAAUCUGUCAGAUGGAGGAUCAGGUGGAUGGAAGAUUGGCGUUCCUGUAGUUGUAGUUGCUGUUCUUGUUGCUGUUGUUGCUGGAGUGGUGGUCUGGAUAAAGAAAAAGGGGUCUGGUGCACAACCUCCCCAAGUUCAGACUGGAGCUGAGUUACAUCCCUUAAAUACUCCACACAGUGACGUUCCAGUCUAAACCAGUAAGUGAGCCUCCACACUGAAGAGUGAUUUCCUGCCCAGCUUUUCCUCUACUGAAGCUUCCAUCCAGGGUGUGAAGAGUGAAUACAGACGUCUUUCAUGUGGGUUUAGCUCAGACUCCAGGGUUAAAUUCUACACUGAAAAAUGGAGACGUUACAUGGAUACCUGCAAGUGUGUAUCAGCUAUGCAGCAAGAUAUUCCAGGGGCCGCUGUGACGGGUGUGUGCCACGCCCAGGGCCGAGCCACAGUGACAUCCUAAUGGCUGCAGAUUCCAACCUGUCUGCUGAUUUUCAUGAGUGCCAGGAUGAUUGAAAAAAAAAAUCCUUAGAAGAACAAGAGGGCCCUCCGCACUGCUAGUGCUUGGGCCCUAAAUAAACAAAGCAUAAUACAUACAGUAAUGGCAGCAUAAAUGAGGAAUGAAAUAAGAUGUGCAAGUAAAAUAUAGAUUAUUGUAAAAUAAAUAAAUAAAAAAUAAUGGACCUACACGACACUGCUUCACACACAAGCUCUAAAAGAGAUAAUAUUUGCAUGGCAUACCUGUGAGAGAGAGAAAAUGUAAUGAAUUUAAUGAACUCCUUUUUCAGUAGCAGGACUGAAAAAAUGGGAGGAGUCAGAAAAAAGAGUGAAUGAAAUUUUCUAAUUUUCAUUUGUGUUUAUUAUUAAACAAUAUUACAUAAAAAUGCUCUUACAAAACAUGUUAUUCUUGCUUACCCCCUCUCCCUAAGGAGCUCCUGAUGUUUUUAACUCCUAGGAAUGCCCCUGUCUUGGAGUUUGUUUUUGAGCUGAAUUCGGGUUUAGUAAUGAAUCCUCCAUGCACGGUGAUUGGACACGGACGAUAUGAAGGAUUAGCCAAUCAUUGUGAAGCAGGCGGGAUAUGGGUAGGACAAAAAAUUGGGGUUUAUUCAGACAUGGUGGGUGUCAGAGUCCGUCUUGUAUUUUAUCAGAUCUAUAAAAUAGUUAUGAAUAUAAAAUAAUUCUGAUAGACUUGUGGAGACUUCCGGAUGUUUAAGAUGUAUGACUCGACUAAAAUGUUUUAUUAACGUUUCAGUACAAAAGUCGCUAAUGUUUCCAUGUACAGUGGGCUGUGUCUCAUUUCACCAUGAAGGAGUCAUUAUAAAUCACACCGCUUCUCUACAACACUGAUGAAGACUCAACACACACCGGGUUUCCGGAUUCCAGGUUUUUAUGGAAAUGUCCGUGAAUAAAUUACAGUAACAAAUGAUCAGUUUGAAGAUCUCGGAGGUUUAGCAGAACCUUCACAGUAAUACAGUCGGGUGUGUUACUGAAGGAUGUGGGAAAUGAGUUUAUUUAAAAGUCAAAGCCUGAACUUUUUUUUUCCAAAAAAAUCUGAUUUUUGUUCCUGGGUAGUGAAUGACAUUUUCCAAUUACUCUUGAUGGAAAAUGAUAAAAAAAAAAUAAAAAAAAAGCCUUGAAGUUUGGGUUUGGGCUUUUAAUAGAACGAAAAUCUCAAAAUUAGCCGAUUUUACUAAAAAAAAAAAAUAA